AUGGUCAAGCCACGGUUUGCUUAUAUGUCCAAGUCCAAUUCCAAGUCUUGUCCAAGCCCAAGUCAAAGUCCAAAUGUCCAAAAACUGUCAAAUAGAGACGAAUUUCUAUCCAAGUCCAAAAUCUGGGCUGUACCUCCAAGUCUCAAGGCCAAGUCGAUUUCCAAGAAGGGGUCCAAUGCAAAAUUCCAAAAGCAAGUUCCAAAAGAAAAACCAAAAACCAAAAACCAAAAACCAAAUCCGAGGCCUAUACUAAGUCCUGUAAAAAAAAACGGGCAUAUACUAAGUCCUCCUUUCCAAAAGGAUCAAACGAAAUCCGAUCUUGAGGCAUAUACUAAGUCCUCCACUCCAAAAGGAUCAAAUCCAAAAACCGAGGCGUAG